AUGUCGUCGACGGACAAGCUGGUGAUUCUUCAGAUCCUCAGCCUCGAUGCGAGGAUGGGGGGCUUUUCGUACCGCUGCGGCGCGGUUUUGCAAAAACCGUUCUGCAGCGGCGCGGUUUUGCCCUUCACCCGCAGCCUUGGCACCUUCUGGCGGCACGCCCUGUGCAUCUCCGGCGACGCGCUAAAGGACCUCAGCAAGAUCGCGGACGGCCUCUACCAGUACUGGGGCUACGCCUGGGUGUACGCGGCCACCAUCGCCAACGCCACCUUCGCCGUGCGCGACACCGGCAAGUCAGCGUACGAGCUCAAGACCGGGCAGCGCCCCAAGAUGAACAUGUUCUACCCGUGGGCGUGCAAGAUGAUCGUCAAGUCGCCCCCCCACCUUGUGGCGAACGGUGUCUCACCCACGGGCGAGAUGGCGGCCUUCCUCGGCAUCUCGCGCACUUCGCCCGGCUGGAAGUACGUCAUCACCGAGGGUCCGCGCAAGGGGCACAUCGGCACCACCACGCAGGCGACCUUCAGCGUCAACGAGCUCUGGAACGGCAUCGAGUACCGUGCUCCUACCUCCGACCUCACCCCGACGGACAUCGAGGGCGCGUGGCCGGAGCUUGUGACCGCGGACGAGAUGCCCGACGAGUCGGACAAGGCUACGCUCGACAACAACGUAACCCGCGGCGACUCCGUCUUCCUCCCCACACUGUGUGCUCUACGCAGUGGCUGA